AUGGACGAGGCCGAAUUGAACGCGAUCCGCCAGGCCCGGCUCCGCGAGCUCCAGCUGAACGCCGAGGGGCUGGCGCUGGCGCUGUCACUGGCCGGUGGCAGUGGUGCCGGCGACGCCAACGCGGUGUUGGCCCAGCUUCUCGAGCCCAGCGCCCGCGAACGGCUCCUGAGAGUACGGAUGGUACGCCCCGAACGGGCGCAACAGGUGGAGCAGUAUAUCGUCCGCUUGGCGCAGAUGGGCCAGCUCCAGCGCAAGUUGACGGAGAAGGACGUCGUCGACAUCUUGGACGGCGUCGCCCGCGACUCCCAGCAGAAACUGGGGGGGCAGAUUGUAUAUAGCCGCAAGCCCGCCACCAACGACGACGACGACGACGACGAUGACUUUUUCGACUGA